AUGGCAGACGGACCAGACCCCGCGCGGAUUCAGGCCCCAGGCCUGCUCGAGGAGGAUGGCCAUGAUCUGCCCAUCUCUCCAGCCAGGCCAGCUAUCCACGACACUCUUCAAGCGGUCUUGGAGUCGGCGCCUGUGGGCCCUGGCCAUUCCUUGGUCAGGGAACGCGUUGACGAAAAUGACAGGCUCUGUCCCAUGUACCCAAACGACGGACGCGGGACCUUUUUUGGCACGACUCUGAUGGCCUUGUUCAACGUCUCGCCCUUCCUCAACUUCCUUGACGAGGCCGUUGAAAAGAAGGCUUUCAACGAUCCUCUCCUCGUUGGACUGCAUCGGUUGGCUCAAAGCUUUCGCGGCUGGGAAAAAGGAGAAGAGACAGAAGACAAGCAGCAGGAUUCGGUUGAGAGCCUGAUGAAAACCGUCUGGGCAUGCAUAACCAACCCCCAAAGAGCGGGCAAGCUACCACCAUUCAAGUUCGGGCCCGCCGACACCAUCGUGCUUAACUUCAUCACUUACCUUUUCGAAAGGAUCGAGAAUGGUGAAUUGCAGCAGAGCCAGACUGGCGGCGACUACGUCGAUCUGUCUAUCAGAUUCAAGCAGCUGUUCAAGUUCUUUAACGUCCGUCACACACCAAUGCGCUGCAAGUGCGACCAAGCAGUGUUGCGACGGCAAGCCACCCAGGAUGCCAAUCCGACUGGCUAUUAUUUGAAUGCUGAGGUGCCGAAGUCAAUGAGUCUGGGGCAGGCAAUUUCAGGAGCCAUGUGGGAGAAACUGGCCCGUCCGAGGACCUGUCCUGAGUGUAACAAAAGGACGGAUCCCGUCCACGACUUCGACAAGUUUGCGUAUCUCCCAGAGGUGUUGCUCAUUUGGCCCAGUUUCAUAGACAAAUCCGGCCUUCCAGGCACACUCAGAUUCGUGACGGACGCGACAGUCACCUAUCCCGAACGACUGGAUAUGUCCGCAUUUAGGGACGAUCCAGCACGACCGGGGGACCAAGCCGACUGUAUCUACAAGCUUCAGUCAAUCAUCAAUUCAACCCCUCGUACAGGAGGGCCGCCAAUCAUGAAUCAAGCAAUGUACAAGGCCGCUCUGCGCGUGAGCAACACCGAAUUCGCACAGUUUGAAUACCACGGUGCCCCUGAUUCCUUCCCGGACUUCGUCACCUUCGAGAACGUCAAUGAAGCAAGCAACGGCGUGCCGCAUCUGCUCAUGUACGUGCGAGAACGCCACGCCGGGGCUGCAGGCAGUGCUCCAGAAGUAGUCGGACCCCCGAAGCCAACCAAGCCUCCAGGUGGUGCGAAAAAAGCUGUGACGCCCCCGCAAGACACCUACGACUUGCAGAGGUUCGUUACCGCUCAAAACGAAAAGACGAACAUGAGUCUUACAGCCUUUCACACUGCAACGAUCGAGCUGAGGCAAAAUGGCCGCAAGACCCAACACUGGAUGUGGUUCAUUUUUCCUGUGGUCACAGGCAUCAGUAACUCCCCGAAGGGCCAGAAAUACAGCAUCAAAAGUUUCGACGAGGCGAGAGCCUAUUGGAACCACCCACUGUUAAAGGAUCGCUACCUCGAACUCAUGAAUGCCGUACGACACGGCCCCGAGCGCAACAUCCAACUGCUGUUUGGCAACGAGGUUGAUGUUGACAAGUUUUUUGCAUCCUUGACCCUCUUCAAGCUCGUCUGCGUGAACCUGAAGGAUCUUGAACACGACACAAUCGAGGAGGUGUUUCAACACUUCGGCGCCUACUUGGACGAGACCACGACGUUUCAAGUCAUUGAUUGGCUUGAAAAGGCAGGCGAUCUGGAAGCGAGAGCUGAGAUUCUGGACAAUAUGCGUCCCCCUUCUGAGCAAUCAGCCGACGCUGGCGAUGGAGGUAGUGGAAAGCAAGAGACGUCUACCGUGGCGACCAACACUGGCCCCUCGACUCUCUCCACCCCCAACAACAAUAACGCCGAUACGAAAACCAAGCACUCUGCCACGACCCAACAGUCUGAAUCUGCCCACAAAGGCGGCCAUGACAAAGGCCAUGGAACCAGUACCAACCAUGACUCUGCUCAGAGGAUAGGUUCCAAGCUGUUGAGCCUUGCUGACGAGGAGUUUGCUUUCGACGAUCCUCAGUUGAACGCCGAGGAAUUGCUUGAGCAGAACACCAUGGCUCGUGCAUUAGGCAGAGCGGUCCUGGGCUUUGGUGUACCGGAAGGUACGGCCGCGCCAGUGGCCACACCCGAAUCAGAGAAAAGGGCUCACCGCCUGGGCAGACACUUAAUGGUAAUUUCCAUGGCUCCCAACGAUGACCCACCUAGCAAUGUCCCGGGGACUUCGGCUUCUGGCGGCCCUGUCGGCAGCUUCGGGCUUGAUGGCAGUUCUGAUGAUCCGGGCGAUGGUGCCGACCUUGACGAAGAAGACAUCUACAAGGCGAUAGCGAUCCCCACAGACCCAAGGGACCCGAGGAUCGUGGCGUGCGAGUUCUGGACGCUCGACGAGCUGAAACGGGAGUUCCAGAAGGAACAGCUCGACUGGCGGGGGUUGAGAAUCGAUCCUGACAAGCACCGGAUGAAGUUUCGGAAGCACUUCGAACUCGAAAGGGACUACAGCAUCUACCAUGAGGGCAGAUUGAGGCAGGCCAUCAGGGAUAAGGGCAUACGCAUGAGGCACGGCGCCGACAGGGUUGACAAGGCUGACAAGGCCGAACUAGUCGACGCGCUGACCGACUACGACUUGCAGACACUGCAAGCGGCGGCGGAGGAGACUGAGUCAAUGGGGUGUCAGUCGGAGCAGUACGAAAGCAGUGAGGCAUCAGGGAACGAGGCCUGGUACAUCGAGAGGGAACGGGCCGCCUUGGCAGCGAAUGCGAAGGGGGAGGCAACAUCAGUACAGCCCCGACUUGCUGCGGCUGCAGCGAGAACACAGAAGAGGCCUCGCGACGAGGAUGAGGACUAUGAGGAGGAGGGCGGAGAGAUGACGCCUCCCCGCGGUCGGGCUAGGGGGCCGGUGCGGAUGCGUACGAGGUACUGA